GCAAAGCCCCUCAUUUUGGCAGAAAUUACAAUGACGACCAGCCGCAAAUUUAAGAGUCAUGGCAUGAGGAGGGGCAAGAACCGAUCUCCUCACAAGGGAGUCAAGAGAGGUGGCAGCAAGAGAAAAUACCGGAAGGGCAGCCUGAAAAGUAGGAAAAGGGGCGAUGAUGUGGGCUCUGCCCUGGUGGACCUUGAACAGCACCAGGCAGCAGCAAGAGAACAGAAGGGGGACUGCCAAGGAGAACGCAACAGACCAAAGCCAGAGGAGAGCCUAUGGGGUCGGCUUCUCAGGAAGCAGAGACGGGAGGUAGUGUGUGAAUGCAAGGUGUUUCUCAGAAGCCAGUACUUGAAGGAAAUGGGCAGGCUGCAGGAUUGGCCCAAUGGGAGUGGUGAGGCCCAGAUGACCCACAUGUGGGUGGAGAGCAAAGCCAGCUCCCACCUAUCCCGCAAGACUGCUUCCACAUGA